GACAAUGGUUUAUGUGUUUGUUAUGUUCUGUAAUUUUAUUUCUGUUUUAUUAUUUCUGUUUUGUUUUAUAAAAGCUUUGGCAAUACCUGAGCGCUCUCGUCAUGCCAAUAAAGCAUUAUUUGAAUUUCAAUUUGAGAGCGAGAGCGAGAGCGAGAGAGCGAGAGAGCGAGAGAGCGAGAGAGAGAGAGAGAGAGAGAGAGAGAGAGAGCGAGCUAGCUGUUUUACCAGACAGACGACUACCACUCCUCGGCUGAAACUUCUGCGGUUACAGCUAAGAUUUCGACAACUAGAAAUUUUGGAUCAAAUUUCAAAACAUUUUUGGGCAGUGAGAUUACGAAGAUGUCUGACAACGGCACUGCCAGCGAGCCUGCGCACGAGAGCGCCCUGCACGGGCUGCACGUGCUCUCCAUGGUCGUGUACUCCCUCACCUUCCUCCUGGGCACCACGGGCAACGGCCUGGUCAUCUGGAUCACCGGCUUCAAGAUGAAGAAGACCGUCAACACCGUGUGGUUCCUCAACCUGGCCAUCGCCGACUUCGUCUUCACUGCCUUCCUGCCCCUCACCAUCGCCACCAACGCACUGGGAUUCAGGUGGGUCUUCGGGGGCUUCAUGUGCAAGCUGAACUCGGGGGUCCUGGUCACGACUAUGUACAGCAGCGUGUUCCUCCUCGCCGCCAUCAGCCUGGACCGCUGCGUCUCCGUGGUGGCCGCCGUUUGGGCGCACAACUUCCGCACGGUCCGGAAGGCCUACCUCGCCUGCUUCCUCCUCUGGGCAGCCGCCCUCCUCAUGAGCUCCCCCUAUUUCGCUUUCCGCGACACGGUCGAGGAUCGCAACGUGACGUGCUGCUCCUUCCGGCGCCACAACUAUUCAUCCGAAGCCCUGUCGAGCACGCUCAAGACCCUGACCCUGGUGCGGUUCUUGUUUGCCUUCGUCUUCCCUUUCCUGGUCAUCGUCUCCUGCUACGUCCUCAUCGCGCAACGGUACCGCGCCACGCAGCGUCAGCGCUCUUACAAACCGCUCAGAAUCGUGGUCGCCGUCGUCCUGACCUUUUUCGUCUGCUGGCUUCCCUUCCACGUCCUCCAGCUCGUGGAACUGAGAGCCCACGUCACAGAUGACCCUUUUCUGUGGAUGCUGGUGGAUUUCGGGAUGCCCAUCGCCACCGGCUUGGCUUUCUUCAACAGCUGCAUGAACCCGAUCCUCUACGUGUGCAUGUGUCAGGACUUCCGGGAGAAGUUCAGGAAGUCCUUCCUGCUGGUGAUUGAAAGCGCCUUCGUGGAGGAGGGGACUCUGUACGCCCUGAGCGCGUCCCGGCGCUCCACGGUCCAGAUGGAGUCCUUGGUUAACGGGAACAAACAGGACAGCACUGCAGGGUGAGCCCGAAGCCGGAGACUGUGAACCGCGCCGAACACUGGACCAUACCGAAUACAGACAGACUUGCAGAUCCCCUUUCAGUCACUGCUUUAUGAUUGUACCAUGUUACGUUUCCUAUCUAGAUCUAUUUUAUAAUGCGUGUAUGUUUUUUUGUUUUGUUUUUUUUCAGGGCAGCUUCCCGAACUCCAUAGAGUUCACACAAACUGCUUAAAAAUGUCUAAAAUUCUAACAGAAAAUCACGUCCAAAGGGGAUAUAUUUGGAAACAUUGCAGGAGUCCGGAGGUGAGCUUGGUUCACAGCACACAGGGUUUAUUUUAAUAGUUAAAACCUCAUCUUCCGAGUGUUGGGCCUCUAUUCCUGUAGAAGAGAUGCCAUCUCGUUGCAGUUUGGGUGUUCAAACUCAACGCUCACACACCCAACACAUCGCGUAUUAACGUAUUAUACCACUCCGAAUCAGAUCUGGAACCCAGGAACUACUAUUCAAAAAUAAAAAAAGCACUGCUUUUUUUUUUUUGAAUUGGUUGGUUUCUCGAACAUGACUCAUAAGAUCUUAAUAUGACUGAUUCCUCUUCAGAAAUCUGUUGCCCUUAAUGAGAAAUGUAAAAAUGCAGCAAAGCCAAACGUAUUCAUAUCCUGUGUAUGAAACCCGCGGUAACCACGGUGACAGAACGGGUUCCAGUGUAUUUCAUGCAGCUUGUUCGCAUGCUUCUCUCGUCCUUCUUUUUGCAGCCAGGUCCGUUUUUAUUCCAUGCAUUUAUUAUCAUUAUUAUUUUUUAAAUUCUCUUGCAGAGGAGCUGAUCAUAAUAAAGCAGUCUUUGUGAAUUGAGCCGGACUGUGUGCUGGUUUUGCUUCUGAGACGGCAGUGUGGGUUACUCUAAUGAUAAAAGGUUCAACCGAUGUGAAAUAUAGGUCAGCUGUGGUGUUCACUCAGUUUGAUGUAGGCAGUGUGAGGUCAUCUAUUAAAGGACUCUUCUCCAUAUCCACUUAAAUGCUGUCCAUGCACGCAUCCAGAGUAAUGCUGACGUGCAGGGGUGCUCGAAGCUGGCCCUUCCCCGCCUGCUCUUUCUACCUGAACCCGGUUCUAAAGUGUUUGAUUGAAUCAAUUAACCCUCCACCCAGACCCUGAAGGUCUCCCUGCCCCUGUUAAACAAGCCUGGAGUGGAAUGAUCCUCCAGGACUGAUGACAUCACGAAAAAGUUAAAAACACUCCAAUGGACAGUUUCUCAUACUUUCAUGCACUUCAUUUGCUGUCUUUCUGCAGAGCUGAAAAUGUUGUUUUUCUUCUUAUUUUUUUUAAUGUCCUGAUCAAUAACCCUGUUUUAUUUUGCAGAGCUUCUCUCUGCAAGUGAUGUUGCCACUUCCUUCCUCCUCAAAACCCUCUUUGGAGGAAGCUGUGAGCGUUGUUCUCCCCACACUUCUCAGCUUCAGAGGGCCAGGUUGUCUGCGGUUUUCACACAUACAAGGUUACUGCUAAUAUAUAUUAUCACGAAUAUAUCUACGGUGCCAACGAGCCCCUGCCCACGCACUUUUUAAACGGAGGGGGGCUUGUGUCCGAAGCAGCAAAUAACUGGAGAACUUUAAAAAUAAAUAAAUAAAGACUAGCUCCACAGGCUAUAAAGCUAAACAAAUACUUUGUAGACAGGAUCAGUAUAUUUCUUCUUU